AUGGCGUCCCAUGCGACUCGCGAUAUGGUCGACGAGCUCUUCACCAAAUUGGCAUCGGAUUCCCAGCGCCUCGUCAAGAUCUUCGUCGGCGACUCCGAGCACCCUGUUCAUCUCCAGCAAUCGGUCCUCGAGGGAAUUUCGGGAUACUUCAUCGGCGCAUUUGCCGAGGGCCGCUUCGAGGAAGGCAGGAGCGGCAUCUUGAGGCUUCCAGAAGACAACAUCGAAGUCUGGAAGAUCAUCGUCACGUGGAUCGUCAAUCGUGCCGUUCCCGAAGAUCUGCUGCGAACGGAUCUGCUGCUGGCAAUUCGGUGCUGGAUAACCGGCGACAAAUAUGACAUCAAGGAGUUCCAAGAUGCUGUCAUGCUUUGCAUACUUGCGGAACUUGUGUCUGACGGAGUCAAGUUGAACAUUGAGAUGAUCAAAGUCUCUUUUGAAGAAACUCCGGUGGACUCUCCAUUGAGGGAAGUGAUCGUAAACCGCAGAAUGUCUGAAUACGACCUGAAAGGUUUCGAGGAGAAGACAAAACAUGAGGAAAUGUGGAUCUUGGAUGGCACGGGUUUUCUCCCACUUCUGGAGAGUAAAAACAAACUUGGUUUUUGA